AUGUUGCAAGUUGAAAGGAAGGUGCAUCCACCCUCUACCUACGCCGAGACCCACGCAGUCAGCAUCAGGGAUGACCCACCUGCGGUAAGUAUCUCCUUGCCAAGGUCCUUUGUCACAAAGACUCAUCAAUGAUCUCUGAUUUUGCACAGGACAUGACCACUCCCAGUAACUGGGACCUCACCAGCAUGAAGGAGCGCCUUGCGCGCAUCAAAGUGCACAUGAGCACCGUGUCCCUCCUCAAGCGUGCAGAGGAGCACGGAAAAAAGAUCUCCAAAGUUGAAAACAAGGUCCAACACCUUCAGCAUAGCACUGCCACUGCCAACCUGCUCAGCCUCACCAAGCAAAUUGAGCGUCUCAAGCUUGCUGCUCAAGCUCAUACAGUGACAGUAAAUGUGUUGAUCGCCGCAUUGGCAAUCAACAUGGCCAUCUUGCUUGCUCUCGUGAUGCGCGCGCCCUAA